CCUUUCGCGGUGGGAGCCUGCCGCGUCUCUCGCAGCAGAGAGACGCGGAGGUGACGACGCAGCGCGUCUCUCUGUCUCUGUGUGUCUGUGUCUCUCUGUGUGUCUGUGUGCGUCUGUGUGUCUGUGUGUGUCUCUCUGUGUGUGUCUCUCUGUGUGUGUCUCUCUGUGUGUCUGUCUCUCUGUGUGUGUCUGUGUCUCUGUGUGUCUCUGUCUCUGCGUCUCUGUCUCUGUGUCUCUGUGUGUCUGUGUGUGUCUCUCUCUGUGUGUCUGUCUCUCUGUGUGUCUGUGUCUCUGUGUGUCUCUGUCUCUGCGUCUCUGUCUCUGCGUCUCUGUCUCUGCGUCUCUGUGUGUCUGUGCCUCUCUGUAUGUCGGUGUGUCUCUGCGUCUCUCUGUCUCUUCGUCUGUUUCUCUGUGUGUGUCUGUGUCUCUGUCUGUGUGUGUCUCUGUCUCUGCGUCUCUCUCUCUCUGUGUCUGUGUGUGGGGGGAGCGGUCGUGUCCCGCGGUUCGUGCGCUGCGCUACGAACCCCGGUGUCAGAGUUCGAUUCCCGCUCAGGACCACCAACUCCCCCAAGUCGACUCACGCCAUCAAAUGAGUACUCGGUGCGGUGCGUAAAAAACCCCAUCACCACUGGGGAGACAAAGGCGGUCGGGCGUGGUGCUGGCCACCCACCCCCCUCGUGUGCCGUGCCGACCUUCACAGCUGCUACUCGCUCACAUCACUCGCCCCGACACUGCGAAGACUACGCGAGGUGAGGAUCUUCGUCUUUGGGAAGAGGCUGGGGGGGGGAAGAUGGGUGGUGGAGAGAGCAUCAUGGCUCCACCGGGCCACCCAUCAGCAUCACCACCACUACCACCACCACUGCUCUCAGCCGUCUCUGGCGACAGCCCGUGGCUCUCCCUCCUCGCUCUCGGAGUCUCCGCGGCGCUCUUCGUGGUCGGCGUCGGUGGCAACGUGGCCGUGCUGCUGCUGCUCUGCGGGGUGGGCGGCCCCCCCCGCGGGCUCGGGGCCGCGCUGCUCGGGGCUCUGUGCGCCGCCCUGGGGCUCCUCGCCGCGGCCGCGCUGCCCGCGGCGGUCGCGGCAGAGACGUCCCUCGUGGGGCACGCGGAGCGCCGCCAGAUCCACGUGGCGCUGCGCUACUGCGAGGCCCUCGUGCUGGGCGUGUGCACGUUCACGCUGUGUGCCCUGGCCAUGGAGCGACUUCGUGCCGCGUUCUUGCCCACGCACUCUGGCGCCGACGAGACGUGGGCCUCCAUCGCGGGCAAGAUCGCCAUCAUCUGGGCGGGCGCCGCUCUGCUCGCUCUCCCCGAGCUGCUGCCGCCGCUGAUCACCCUCGGACGGAGCCCGUCCGAGCCGCCGCUCCGACUCGUUCCGUCUCCCUCCGCCGACGUCUCCGGCCAGACCGCCGGCGUCCCCUCCGUCCCGAUGUCGCUCGCCGCCGACCUCGCGCUCGGAAUUUCUUCCGCCGCCGCCGCCUUCGCUCCGCGGCUCGACCGGUCGCGGCGCGAAGCGACGUUCGGAGCGAGCCCGACUCCCGAGCUUCGUCGUCGCUCUACGGGCAACGCCGGCGAGGCGCGGCCGGGCUGGACGUCGCACGGCGGCGAUUCCCGCCGGCGCCGGGCGGCCGCCGGCAUCCUCGCCGAGCGUCUGCACGCCGCGUACGAGCGCUCGCGCGUCUGGUGGAUCUUCGGCUGCCACUUCUGCCUGCCGCUCGUCUUCUCGGCGAGCUGCUCGGCGCUGGCGGCGUGCCGGGCGCGAUGCCCCGGCAAGGGGCGGCCCUGGGUGUGCACGCGGCGCCGGGCGCAGGCGGAGGGGCAGCUCCACACGUUGCUGCUGUCGCUGGCCAUCGUGCACGGCGUGUGCGUGUCGCCCAGGGUGUUCAUGGACGUGGCGACGGCGCCGGGAAGGGUUCCCGGCACUGCCGCCACGGGCUGGCUAGUGGCGAUGGGGCACGGGCUGGCGUUCUGCGAGGCGAGCGCCGUGCCGGCCGUCGUGCUGCUCCUGCGCUGGCGGGAGACGCAGGGCGUCCGUGCGGCCGUUCGAGGGUGCCUCGUGUCCCGAGGGACCCCCGUUCCGGCCACUCCCCCAAAGGAAGGGCAGACGCGCAUUAAUUUCAGGAUGAUGCGGGCCGACUCCAUACAGAGCACCUCCGUUUAGCGAACGCUCUUUACGUUUUCCCGUUAAUUUGGUCAGUGGUCAAUAGUUUGGCAUAGUGCCACUGAAAUUAAAAAGCUGCAUUAAAACAGCGGUGCUCAUCUCUUGGUGGUUAUGUAUCAGUUGUUGAAAUUCCACAUUAUAUACCAGGGAGCAGUUUGUCUAUAAGACCAUUAGAUUAGCGUAUAGAAAUGAUCCAAUUAAAUUAUUAAGAAUAACGAUUUUUUUUUUAUACACAAAAGGUUGGAAGCCCCUGCUAUGCUUCAUUUGUUUCCGUGAACGAGGCAAUUUUGAAGAUAAAUGCAAAGUGCACUAUAUAUCCAUAACAGGUUUUUGGGUUAGAUCACGUAAAUAUAUAAAUGUGUCGUUAAA